AUGUCCUCCCCGGCGCAUCAGUCGCAAUACGGCCUUCAGGGGUACCAACCAUACGAACAUCAAGGCCACCAGCGCGUGAUUCCCUACAGCAAGCCAUGGCACAUUGCCAAAAUCGUAAUGCGGUGUUCCGACAUCGUCUUCAGCUUAAUCGUCAUCGGCAUCUCUGCAUACGUCCUAACAAUUGCCUUCUCCGGCGGCGCAUUCUACCUUAUGAGCUGGCUGCCUGCUGCGGUGGCUAUCAUCUGGGACACUGCAGAACUCAUUACCAUCUGCGCGAGAGGAGGUCGACGAGGAAUUCACCCAGGCGCUCACGUCGGCUUACACCUAAUCUUCUGGCUCUGUUUUGCGGCAGCAGUUGGCCUUCAGGGCACAUACAUAUAUUUCCGAGAUGUUGAUGACUACUAUUAUUAUUCCUAUAGCAGCAGACGGCAGUCCUUCAGGAGUAAAGUGGUUCCUAUGCAGAACACCGUUACCGCCUUCACUGCUCUGCUGCUCAUCAACCACUUCAUUCUCUUUGUCCGAGCCUGCGUAGAGACCAACCAGCGCAACUCCCGGCCACCUGUUUUCAUGGUGCCUGUCAACGCGCCCCCGCCGAUGCAAAGCCAGGCGGUAGCUGGAUCCUAUGUGCCCUACCCUCACCAACCUCAGCAAGCGUACAUUCCAGCGCAACAACAAGACAAGGGGGAACAGGCGGCCGCAUCCAACCCUUCAAACGCGGGGCAGUACGUGCCACCUGGACCGGAUGGCACAUAUUAUGGUCCGGCUAGUCGUUAA